GUUGUGGUCCAAGUGGUCUGGCAGAGGCGGCCGGAGUGUUCGUCAAGCUGAUGAGUAAAUGUUGUUAUAAAUCAUUAUGGAGCUGCAUGUGUGGGACGGCGAGGCUAAAUAUGGAUUACCAUCUAUGGACCUUAAAAGUCUUCAAAUGCUGGCCUAUGUGAAAUUCUCAGGAGCACCUGUGACUAUUGUGAAGUCAAGUAAUCCAUUUAAGUCACCUACUGGUCAGUUGCCAGUUUUUAAGUGCAUUGAGGGGGCUUUCUCAGACUUCUCUCAGGUUACCACAUUCCUUCGUAAACAGAAUUUCAGUUGUGAUUAUGAACUAUCUGCCAAACAAUGCUCAGAGGUGGUGGCGUAUGAACAUCUGCUAUUGGAAAAACUAUACCCAGCACUCAUGUAUCUCUGGUGGGUGGAACCCAAGAGCUACUGUGAUGUUAUCCACAAGUGGUACUUCAGCAGCAUACCAUUCCCUUAUAAAUUAUGGUAUCCAAGAAGGUAUCAUAUUGGACAGUGUGACUUAAUUAAUAGCAUGUUUGACGAUCCUGAUGAUUCUCAGCUUAUUGAAACUGAGUUGCAUAAGCAAGCUCAAGAGUGUUUAACGAUGCUGUCUAAUCGUCUUGGAGAUCGAGAAUACUUCUUUGGCCGCUCACCAUCCACUAUUGAUGCCCUUGUCUUCUCAUAUCUUGCCAUACUUCUAAAGGUGGACCUGAAGGUACCAGUGUUGCAGAACCACAUCAAAGCUUGUCCCAACCUCUCACGCUAUGUAUCCAAGGCCAUUCAACGAUUUUUCCCUGCAGACUUACGGGCUGAGGAACAGACAAAGAGAAAGGGCCACAGGGGCACGGAAGCCCGAGACUCACCUGCUAAAGAUGAUGUGCCAAACAAAGGACGUAACUUACUCUUAUCUGGGCUGGUAGCAUUUUCAGCAAUGUUUGGGUAUGCAAUAGCAGCAGGUUUAGUGCAGGUUGAUAUGGGUGAACCGCCUGUUGAAGAAGAAUAUGAUUAUGAGUACGAGGACUACAAUGAUGCAGGGUCGAGUGGGAAUUAAAACAACAUUGUGAUAAGUGUGCAGAUGCGUGAAAACAAGGGCCCGCCAGCUGCGAUUGUUUAUACUAAUGAUGCUGGCAUCACCACUUUCGCCUCAGUACGUAAGAUUUUUUUUAUAAUAUCGGGAUUUAGUUAUUAUUUAUACAAAAAUGUUAUAUAUACAUUUUUAUUUUGUCUUAAAUACAAAGAAAAUAAUGGCAUAAAUUGAAUUGGGUCCUAAAUUAACCAGGGUCUUGGAUAUGAAUCUUUGUUAGUUGAACCGUAGUUGUCGGAGGCUUUACUGUAUAAACAUUCCAAACAAUAUUGGUAUUAUUUUGGUUUUGGUCAUCUGGCAAACCUUAAGAUUCUAACUUUGGGAUUAAUUACUUUAAACAACAAAACAAAUUAUCUCUGCGGGAUUUCUGUCGCAAAAUAUUUUUUGAUCACAUAAGAAAAUACAGAUCAUAUGUUAGGUUAGGUUAGGGUAUGAUGAGUGACAAGGUUAGCUUAACUACAUUGGUAAAGGGGGGUAGUAAUAAUUCAAAACUAGUGAUUUCCAAUAGAAAUGAAGGUCUAAAUCGUUCAUAACACAUCGCAAACCAUCAUAAAAAAAAGCAUAGUCUGCAUGUCUAAGUACAGGGAUGACCAAAACUUACAAUUUAACCAAUAUAGCUGAUCUUGAAUCUAAACAUCCAAAUACUUAAGUUGUUAAAGUAAAAUUUUACCCAUUAAUUAAUUAAUAUAAAUGAUGAUAUAUCCCAGUGGUUCAAUAACAGCACUAUGUUGUCAUGUUUACUUAACAUCAGGCAUUCUCAAAGCAAAGUACAGACAAUGUCAUUACUUCUAAGUUGACUCAUAUCUCCAUCUGUGUGUCGUCUGCAGGGUAGGUGGUGACGUCAUUGCAAAUUGCCACCCUGUUUCUUGAGAAAUAAACUUAUCUCUUCUAUCAUAGCAGGACUUUAAACUUUUAUUACAAAUUAUAUUACUGUACUGUAUACCGUAUCACUCUCCAAAUGUGGCAGAGUGUAUUUCUUGUGUUUACCCAGAAUCGUCAACUCGUCCACUGUCGUGUUCGUGGUCUUGGAAUCAGUCUCGAUUACAUCACUGUGGCUUACAUAUUUAUAUUUAUUCCCAUAAAUAUAAUCUCCUCGUAGAAUAGCUGCCAAUUCCAUCAGUCAUAGCGUGAUUAUUAAAUUUUAUUUACAAAACUAGAUACAUAAUGUACAGUACUUGUGGUGGAGUGCAUAUAAAAUUGCUUAGACUUCAAGUUUGGUUUUAUAUCUAAUACAGUCUUUUGUUUUUUCAUUUUUAUUAAUUGAUUUUAGAAAUAGAAAAUAUAAUCUAAUUGUACUUUAUAAAUUUUUUCAUUAAUACAUUUUUAGUUGAUAUGAAAUAUUCUAGGCUCUGGUAUUGGCUUGUUUAAACACAGUGAAGUGAGUAAGUCAUAAUUAUUUAACUUGAAGCUUUCCAAUACAGUAUAGAACUUUCUUGAAGUUCAGGCAAUACGCAGCUUAUUACUAUGAUAUUAUUAAACCAAUAAUUCUCAGUGUUUACUACUUGCACAUGUGAGAAAUUAUGUUAUGAAAGGUAUCAGUUGUUGCUCAUGUAUUGUUACAGGCAUAUCAGGCAAUACAGUGUGUGAAAUAUCUAUAAAAAAAGUUCCAUUUUAUGUUGUGUAUGGGAUAAGAUGUGUUGAGCUAUGUUAGAAGAAGUUGAGUUCAGUGUGAAGUUUUUAAAUCUUCACCUAGCCUAAACUAACCUAACUUAACUUGAUAUGGAACAUUUUCACAGGCAUUUUACAGAUUUCUUGAUUUGAAUUGAUUGCCUGUAACCUAGUUAUACUACAGAAUAUACAGUUCUGUACUACUUAUGUUUUCAUUUUUAUCAGAACUGUAAGCAGCUCCUCUCCACAUUUUAUAUUUUCUGCAGUCUCUUAUGCAUAAAUUAAGUCUUGAGAGCACAAGUGAAAAAGAUUGCAGUGUUUAUGGUGUACAUAUGACAUAAGUUUGUAUCUGAGAUCUUUUCAUUUCUAUCAAAAAGUUAUCUAGAACACACAAUUUAAUUUUCGAAAAUGUUCUUUAAACCAGUUCAUAGUUGUGAUAAAAUCUUCAUAUUUAUUGACUCGUAAGAGUAAAAGGUAAUAUCGAGUUACCUAGAUAUGUACAGUAAGAAUUGAAACCAAAAAUGCGACGAAUGUACUGUAUGUGCUGGGUACUGUAUCUAUGUGUAUAAUUAUUUUAUACAUUAAAAUGUUUUCAGUCUGACCAUCAUUCCAUUGUACAGUUUUAGUGCACAGCCCUAUUGCUAAUGCACCUUUUUCUUAAGUGAUUUGCUCAGAUACAUUAAGGAAUGAGUUUUUUAUUUCAUUUGAAAAUAAUAAAUUGUGCAAAUG